AUGUUGGGCCUCAAUGGCACCCCCUUCCAGCCAGUCACACUCCAGCUAACAGGCAUCCCUGGGAUGCAGACAGGUCAAGCCUGGGUUGCUCUGGUUUUCUGCAUCCUCUACCUGAUUUCCAUCAUAGGCAACCUCACCAUCCUUGCUUUGGUGAUUCGAGAGCCUUCUCUACACCAGCCCAUGUACUACUUCCUCUCUAUGCUCUCUCUCAAUGAUCUGGGAGUGUCUUUCUCUACACUUCCCACCGUGCUUGCUACCUUCUGCUUCAACUAUCGUCAUGUUGACUUUGAUGCCUGCUUGGUUCAGAUAUUCUUCAUUCAUACUUUCUCUUUCAUGGAGUCAGGCAUACUGCUGGCCAUGAGCUUUGAUCAUUUUGUGGCUAUUUGUGACGUACUGCGCUAUGCAACUGUGCUCACCAACAACCGCAUCUUGGCUAUGGGCCUGGGCAUCCUUGCCAAAAGUUUCACCACUCUCUUCCCUUUCCCCUUUCUGGUGAAACGACCGCCCUUCUGCAAAGGCAAUGUUUUACAUCACUCAUACUGCCUCCAUCCAGAUCUCAUGAAAGUGGCAUGUGGAGAUAUCCAUGUUAAUAACAUCUAUGGGCUCUUUGUGGUUCUUUUCACCUACGGCAUAGACUCAACUUUUAUCCUGCUUUCUUAUACAUUGAUCCUGAGAGCCGUGCUGGCAAUUGCAUCCCGGGAGCAGCUCAAGGCUCUCAACAGCUGCAUGUCCCACAUCUGUGCAAUACUGGCUUUUUAUGUGCCCAUAAUCGCUGUCUCCAUGAUCCACCAUUUCUGGAAAAGUGCCCCACUUGUUGUUCAUGUCAUGAUGUCCAAUGUCUACCUGUUUAUACCCCCCAUGCUCGACCCCAUCAUCUACAGUGUGAAGACAAAGGAGAUACUCAGAGGGAUCCGUCAAAUCUUCUGGAAGACUUGGGGCUGA